AUCCUGCUAGAGCUUAUUUUAUGGGUAGAUUUUAUUUUCCGGGAAACACAGUACUAAGGAGAAAUAAACUUCAUCUCUAUCGUGGAGAGAGGGGGAAGGAAUGCUGUCUGUAGCUGUCUGCCAGACCUAUUAGGUCUGGGGACCACCCCCCAGACUCCGGCUAUUGUUUUACAAGCCUAAGUUUUGCAUUAACCACAUUCUAUCCUAUACAUACUUUUCUGGUUCCCACCUGGAAUAAACCUAACAAUUGGGGCCAUGCCACAUUACAAAAGAAAAUGAGGCGUUUCUCUUUAAGGUCGCCCGGUAGGUCCAGUUUCUAAAGGUUAAGAAGAAAACGCCCCAAAGGGGAAGAUGGCAGAAUGGCAGAGGCGCCCGAGUCCAGGGUGAAGUUGGCGGAAGGUCUCUCACUGACUCCAAAAGGCGUCCCCUUCAAAGGGGCGAGAACCGGAAAUGAACCUCCAGAAAGGAGGUGAGAGGAGGCAGCUGAGAAUCAGGCUUCCCCGCGUCCUCAAGCCACGAGCAAGGCUUGAGGAACAUAAGGACGGAACAUAAGAACAAAAUUCCCUGAGGAACAUAAGGACGGCUGAAUCCCACCCCCAGGUAUCCUGGGGGACCAGGUAGAAAGCCACUUCUUACCCGUGCUGAGGAGAAUUGUUCAGCUUUUGGAUGUCUGAGAGGGAAUCGGCAAAUGGCCUCCCGCUGCCAAAGCCAGGAAAGCGAAAGCGAAAGAGAGGGGAGAGAAGAAUCCAGAAACCUUGUGGUGACUGGCAGGUUGGUUGAAACCCCCUACUUGGACGUGACCCUGAAAGACCUAAUCAGAGAGCUGGGCGGACUGCCUUCUCCUGUAGCAGCUGGGGGGUUCGGACACGAAAAAGGCAAGGGGUUCUGACAGGCUGUUAGUGGAACACUCGAGAAUCCGGAAGUGAGCCCAGACCCGAGCUGCCACGGCCCGCUGCUUCCUGGUUGCGAAGAGGCCCGUUCUUGAUGCUCGUCCUGGGUUUCGGCACCAAAAUGUCAGAUAGAGAAAAUGAUGCUUAGAGAGCUUAAAUAUCUUUCCCAAGGACAUGCAGAUGAUACAUACAAAAGGUACAAGAAGUUUGAGUCUGGAGUUUUGUUUCAAACACUAUGAUGAUACACUGUUUCUCUAAGGUAAAAAAGAUCAAUAAGGUGACAAGAAGUACAAGGGCUGACAGACUGAAGGAUGAGUGAUUUUUAUAAGAGAAGUGAGCAUAUUGCUAAUCUGUGUUAUAACUUGGGAAACUUGCAAAAGUGGCUUUGAAUAAUUGAAAAAUAGAUCAAGCAGAUAAACUCUGGUGAACUUGUGUAGAGUAGGGAGCAUGUUUAACCAUUUUGAUAUCUCCAAGGCCUAACAUUAGGCAAAGCAUACAAUGGGAGCUCAGUAAAUGGUUGCUGAAUGAAGAGAAUUUUGGAAAAGCUGAAUAAAGCAGGAUAAGAAAGAACCAAAAGACCUGAUAAACAACUUUAAGAUUUAUGGUGAAGCUGUUAUGCAAAUGAGACUCUCUUAUUAGGAAGCAUUUUAAAAUCAAUAAUAGAGAAAAUCCUUUCAAGAAUAAUGCUGAGAAUUGCAGCACUGUUAAGAAUGAAAAACAUCAAGUAAAGGAAUUGAGAGAUGAUCAAUAUCUGCACCAUGUAUAUUACUGAAAGAUAGAGUGGAUGGCAGUUGGAAGGUGUUCUGACUGGGAUAAAAAGUAAACCCAAACAAAAAACCAUGGAGUGUGGAGGAAAACGAGAUAUGUUAAAUAAAUAGCAAUAAAUAACUCAGCAGUAAAUUAAAACUUAUGCAAUUUUUAUUUAUUUUAAAUUUUCUCAUUCAAAAUUUAUUACUUUUAACAUAGACACUGAUCUUCAGAUACUAUCUGAACUCAGGAGAUUUAGUCAAAUCCAGCAAUAUGCCGGACAGGAGAUCUGCUAAUGAGGAAUGCCAGUAACUCCUAGUUCCUGACACUGCUUUCCAAAAGUGACUGUAAAGGAUUGCCAUUUAAUGCCAUUGAAGAUCUACUAACCAUCAAUUUUGCAUGAAUACAGCAAAAGGAUUACUUUACAUAAAUCAGUUCCUUUUUCAAGAGCAUAUUUUGGACCCUGUUUUCAGAAAGCAGGUACAGUUCAUCUUCUAUUAAACUGCCUUUAAAACUGAAAGGAAUGUUGAAGGAAAAAGAAAACCGUAUAACCCAUGUAUGCUGUUUAUGGAGCUCCUCAUACAACUGCUCAAUACAUUAGAGCAUAAUAAAUUAUGUACUCAAAUUAAGUCACUCUUUAAUGAAGAAACAUCAAAGCUGUUAAAUACACCUUAAACACACCAGGACAAAGAAAAUUCUAGUGACCAAGAAUGGCUUCCUCUUGGAAACUGAUUCUGUUUCUGUCAAUCACUGAGUGUCUUUCAGAAUAUUCUGAAGCUCUUCCUGGUAUCCCUACAUCAUAUGCUGCUUUGCUAAGAAUUAAGAAGAGUUCAUCUUCAUCUCUUUUGGGUUCAAAAACCAGACCACGGUACAGCAAUCCUUCAUUAGGAACACUGAGUGUUUCUUCCCCCAGCUGGAGAGGAGCAGCUCAGCAUUAUUAUUCUCCCAUCAAUCUUUAUCAUUCCUCAGAUGCCUUCAAACAAGAUGAAAGUGUGGACUAUGGGCCAGUGUUUGUGCAAGAACCAGAUGAUAUCAUUUUUCCAACUGAUUCUGAUGAAAAGAAGGUAGCACUGAAUUGUGAAGUUCGUGGCAACCCAGUCCCCAGUUACAGAUGGCUUCGAAAUGGAACAGAAAUAGAUUUGGAAAGUGAUUAUCGCUACAGUUUGAUAGACGGAACCUUCAUUAUAAGCAAUCCAAGUGAAGCAAAGGAUUCUGGUCAUUAUCAGUGUUUAGCAACUAACACUUUUGGAAGUAUUCUUAGUAGAGAAGCCACACUUCAGUUUGCCUAUCUGGGAAAUUUUAGUGGCCGGACAAGAAGUGCAGUCUCUGUGAGGGAAGGCCAGGGAGUUGUUCUGAUGUGUUCUCCUCCGCCUCAUUCACCAGAGAUCAUCUAUAGCUGGGUAUUUAAUGAGUUCCCUUCCUUUGUGGCGGAAGACAGCCGGCGGUUCAUUUCCCAGGAGACAGGCAACCUUUAUAUUUCUAAAGUCCAAACUUCAGAUGUUGGCAGCUAUAUUUGUCUGGUGAAAAACACAGUGACAAAUGCUCGAGUACUUAGUCCUCCAACGCCACUCACUCUACGUAAUGAUGGUGUGAUGGGAGAAUAUGAGCCGAAAAUUGAGGUCCAUUUUCCUUUCACGGUUACAGCUGCUAAGGGAACAACUGUUAAGAUGGAGUGCUUUGCACUUGGCAACCCCGUUCCAACAAUCACAUGGAUGAAGGUUAAUGGUUAUAUUCCUAGUAAAGCACGUCUGCGGAAAUCUCAGGCAGUGCUGGAAAUACCAAACGUACAGCUGGAUGAUGCAGGCAUAUAUGAGUGCAGAGCUGAAAACUCACGUGGAAAAAAUUCUUUUCGUGGACAAUUACAAGUAUACACUUACCCACACUGGGUAGAAAAACUGAAUGAUACUCAGUUAGACAGUGGGAGCCCUCUGCGAUGGGAAUGUAAAGCUACUGGAAAACCCAGGCCCACAUAUCGUUGGCUGAAAAAUGGAGUACCCUUCUCAUCUCAGAGUAGAGUUGAAAUGGUAAAUGGAGUAUUGAUGAUCCACAGUGUGAAUCAAUCAGAUGCUGGAAUGUAUCAGUGUUUGGCAGAAAAUAAAUAUGGAGCCAUUUAUGCUAGUGCUGAGCUGAAGAUUCUAGCUUCAGCUCCUACUUUUGUGAAUCAACUGAAGAAAACAAUAAUUGUUACCAAGGCCGAGGUUGUCAUAGAGUGCAAACCCAAGGCUCCCAAAACCACCAUCUCUUGGAAGAAAGGAGACAAAGCAGUUAGAGAGAGCAAAAGAAUAGCUAUUCUUCCAGACGGGAGUCUACGGAUCCUAAAUGCUUCUAAAUCAGAUGAGGGAAAGUACGUUUGCCAAGGGGAAAACGUCUUUGGUUCCGCUGAAAUUAUAGCUUCAGUAUCUGUAAAAGAACCUACAAGGAUAGAACUUACUCCUAAGAGAACAGAGUUAACAGUGGGGGAAAGCAUUGUUCUUAACUGCAAGGCAAUUCAUGAUGCUAGUUUGGAUGUCACUUUCUACUGGACUCUAAAAGGACAGCCUAUUGAUUUCGAGAAAGAAGGUGGACAUUUUGAAAGCAUCAGGGCCCAAGCAUCCUCUGCAGAUUUAAUGAUCAGGAACAUCCUUCUGAUGCAUGCUGGGAGAUAUGGCUGCAGGGUACAGACCACAGCAGACAGUGUGUCAGAUGAGGCAGAACUUCUUGUUAGGGGUCCCCCAGGUCCACCUGGGGUAGUAAUUGUUGAGGAAAUAACCGAAAGCACGGCCACACUCUCCUGGAGUCCAGCAGCCGACAACCACAGCCCAAUCUCCUCCUACAACCUGCAAGCUCGCAGCCCAUUCUCCCUGGGCUGGCAAACAGUAAAAACAGUCCCAGAAAUCAUAACAGGGGAUAUGGAGUCAGCCAUGGCUGUGGACCUAAAUCCCUGGGUAGAAUAUGAAUUUCGAGUGGUGGCCACCAAUCCAAUUGGCACUGGAGAUCCAAGCACCCCAUCUCGAAUGAUUCGCACAAAUGAAGCAGUUCCAAAGACAGCGCCCACCAACGUAAGUGGAAGAAGUGGAAGGAGGCAUGAGUUAGUCAUUGCCUGGGAGCCAGUAUCUGAAGAGUUUCAGAAUGGGGAAGGCUUUGGCUAUAUUGUGGCUUUCAGACCCAAUGGAACACGUGGCUGGAAGGAAAAAAUGGUGACAUCCUCCGAAGCUUCCAAAUUCAUUUAUCGAGAUGAAAGUGUCCCUCCUCUCACUCCUUUUGAAGUGAAGGUUGGCGUUUAUAACAAUAAAGGGGAUGGGCCUUUUAGCCAAAUUGUGGUCAUCUGUUCAGCUGAAGGAGAACCCAGUGCUGCUCCCACGGAUGUCAAGGCAACAAGUGUGUCUGUGUCAGAGAUUCUUGUUGCGUGGAAACACAUGAAAGAGAGUCUAGGAAGACCACAGGGAUUUGAGAUUGGUUACUGGAAAGACAUGGAACAAGAAGAUACAGCAGAAACAGUCAAAACUAGGGGGAAUGAAUCAUCCAUCAUCCUAACAGGAUUAGAAGGAAAUACGUUAUAUCACUUCACAGUGAGGGCUUACAAUGGAGCUGGAUACGGGCCACCUAGCAGUGAAGUGAGUGCAACCACCAAGAAAUCCCCCCCUAGUCAAGCACCUAGCAACCUCAGGUGGGAGCAGCAAGGCUUUCAGGUAUCUCUGGGCUGGGAACCCGUCAUACCAUUAGCCAACGAAUCUGAAGUUAUGGGUUACAAGGUUUUUUAUAGGCAAGAGGGUCACAGCAACAGUCAAGUUAUUGAAACACAGAAACCUCAAGCAGUAGUGCCACUCCCUGAUGCUGGAGUCUACAUUAUUGAAGUUCGAGCAUUUAGUGAAGGAGGGGAUGGAACAGCCAGUUCCCAAAUCAGGGUACCAUCGUAUACAGGUGGGAAAAUCACAAGUGCUCAGUCUGCCCUCCACACUCUCUCCACAUCUUCGUCAUCAGUAACGUUGCUCUUGGCAUUGGUGAUUCCUUCAACCUCCUGGUGAAAACUGCUGACUCGAUUUGCUUUUCUUUGCUUUAGCUUGAUAACAGCGGUGAAUAGAGUAUAGUGUAAGUGGAGACCAGGGAUCCUGAGAGGAGCUUGAGCUUUAAACACUUGGGACUACACGUGGUGCACUUACAGGAGGUUGGGGGAGGGGAGUAUUACUUAUACAUCAGGUUUCUCUUUGGUUUUGUAAAUGGAGAGGACAGUUCUUGGUCCAAUAAAAAUAUGCAGAUUGUAUGUAAUGAAUUUUUGUAAGCAAAGGUAAUUUCUGUCAAAUGUAUUCUUUACUUUUUUAAUAUGUUGGAAUUUCAUUUUAUAUUCUGAUGACCCCCGAGUGUGUGCCAUCCAUUUGUUAAGUAAGCGGUCUUUAGUAGGUCCGUUCAAAAACAAAUGCAAAACCUAGAAUGAAAAUUUGCUUACGCCCAAGUCCAGUGUUUUUCAUUUUCCCUUCAGCUGAUUAUUCCAAUUGCCAAACCAGCAGGAGAUAUGAAAAAUACUUCAGUUAUGUGGUCCAUUAUAGGAUAAAUACACAAAACUUUUCUUGGAAAAUGUACGAUUGCAUAGUGAAAUAGCAAGAUUUGUCAAAAUGCUAUUCUAUAUGCACCCUCAGAGCAAGUUAUUAGAAUAGGGAAUAAGCCAUUUACAUUAGUGCAAGGCAAGUAGAAAGUAAGUCCAGAUGAAUUUAAGUGCUAUUGUUUUUCAUAAAGUACUAUGUUAUCUAUCAGCAAAUAAAGUAAAUGUUUAUUUUUAAUAACAAAAGAUAGUUUAAAGUCACCAAAAAUAUAUGAUCACUAAAAACUGCAGACAUGCUGCCAUGGAUGCUAACUUAAAAAUAAAAUGAAUAUGGGACAAGCUUUACCAUUUCUCCACCUACUGCCAAGACAGGCAUUGAAUUAGGUCCAAGGUUUUCUUCUAAUUGCAAAAAUGUUAAGGUCAAUGAAAAUUUGUUGUGCAAAUAAUUAUGCAUAGUCUAUGGAUUAAAAUGGUUCAAGCAUAACAAUAAAUUUUGAUUUUUAAAAACAAUUCAAUGCAUCACAUACCACUUAUAAAAAUUAUCAAUUACCAAAAUAAAGAUCUCUCUUGGAUAAAUUGAUUUUUUAAAAUUAAGCUAUGGAAAUAUGGCAUCAGUACAGGGACUCAUCUAGUCUAGCCAGUCAUGCACUGCUUGAUUCUGUGGCUUGCGAGGUGAUCCCAUUUGCUAUUUUGAGGAAUCAACUUUAACAUAAGGGAUCCAAGGCAAUUGUUGGAAAGUGAGGUAAGAGUUUUCUAUUUAAUGACACCCUACAGAAGUUCUAACAGACAUGAGAAUAUGCCAGAAUUGGCAUUGCUCCCAUGAAGAUGUCUGAAGAGAUAGUUAUUGCAAAGUCAUAUUCCAGAAAAGAGCCUGGAAAAACUACAGUUUCACAGGCGAUGUUAAUGAGAAUAAAAGGUAGCUUCUUUUCGUUUAUAUAAUCUAACCUGUUACUCCUAUUUGCAUCUUUAAUAACAAGAAAAAUGAAGCAAUAUUGAGCUCAAAUUUCUAGCUCUAGAGGUAAAUAUUGUAGAAUAAGAGGCAAGAUGGAAUUUUCUGUUCCGAACAUUAUAAAAGAUUAGUUUCAGAGCCACAGUAAAACUCUGUAUGUCAGUUACUCAUUCUGUUUGGGGGAAAUUAUGUCCAAGACAUUCCUAAACAAACAAGAAGUUACUUAAAAGAUUCAGUGAACAUAUUAUUCUAGUAAAUACUACAGAUGGUAAAUGUUUAAGCCUGUGAAUAAUAAUGACCAAGUGGCCAUUCUUGAAUAUUUCCUUUGAAGAGGAAGAGGCUGGACUUCUCAAGAAGAGGCAUGCUAACUAGCUGACAAAACAUGAGCUCUCCCAAGUAUGGUGUAACUUGCAAGAAUAAAUUGUGCAUCUGAAAAAGAAUGCAGAAAGAAUAUUUCAAAAUUAAAAAUAAUUUUACAUAUUUGAUAAAAAUCAAACUAUUUUCUUCUUUUUCCAUGCUGCUGUGUGCUAGAGUUAGUGAAAGACUUUACAAAUCAAGCUAUUACUAACACUCUUAUAAAGCAAAGUCCAGUAAAAUAUAAUGCCAAUACAUGUCAAAUUCAAAUUCACCAAUAUUUCCUAUUAGCUGAUGGAUGGUACAUAUCUGACAGAAAUAUUUACACAUAGGAUGUCUGAUGUUGUAUUCUUACAGGAAUCAGAAAUAUGGGAUGUUUUUACUCAACAUGCACAGAAUAUGUAUUUUGCAUCGUAAACCUAUUUAAAACAACAGGUUUUCAAUGUUUAUGUACCUAUGUAUUACAUAUUUGUUACUUUUUAGAAAGCAGAACAGCAUUCUUUAUCCAAGUACGUUAUUUUUCAGCUACAGUACUAAGUGAGCUUUUUCUUGGAUGGGAUAGUAACCACACAGUCUUAAAUCACUAAAGAGACUGUAUUUUUGUAUAAUGUCAAUUAACUGUGAAGAAAACAACUCUUCUUAUAAUUAGAAGUUUCAUGAAAGCAAAUGUUUUCCAUACCCAAAUGAAGGUACUGUGGCCCCCAUGUUAAACCGUUAAAUAUAUUGUAUACAAUCUGUAUAUAUACUAUAUAUAAGGUAUAUACCAUGUGGAAGGCACAGUCAGAUAAUAGUUCUGUGUACUGUUCUUGUAACAUUAGAUCUUUUUAAUAAAUAAUUCUUUUUAUUGACUUUUA